AUGUUGUUGCAAAGUGCUUCCCUCUUGAUGCUGGCCUUGACGGCCUCCGCCGAGCCAUAUAACACCUAUGACGGCCCUGGCUUCCCCGCCUGCCACGAUGUAGCAGCCGUGUACAACCCCAAGACCGUUGACGACAUCCAGGCGGUCGUUCAGGAGGCCAUCGCCGCUGGCCAAAAGGUCCGCGCCUCAGGGCUCGGACACAUGUGGUAUGACACCAUGUGCUCGGACGACCCGAACACCGUCAUCAUCAAGACGGAGGAGGUGCACAACAUCUAUGAUCUCGACCUUGAGGGUGGUUCCGUGUGGUUCGAGGCUGGCGUGACCUUUAUCCAGCUCGCCGAGUGGCUGCACGAGCGCGGCGCCUCGGUCGGCUACACGCUGGUCAACUGGAACAUUACGUUGGCGGGCUCCGUUGCCAUGGGCGCCCACCGGUCGUCGAUCCGUGAGGAUUCGAUGGUCGCUGCCGGCGUGUUGGAGAUGGACAUUGUCGACGGCACUGGUCAGGUCAGACGCAUUGUGCGGGACGAGAAGAACGACGACUGGUUGGCUGCUAGCACUUCUCUCGGUCUGCUGGGCGUCAUCGUGAGGAUGAAGUUCAAGAUCUACCCCGACUUCAAGGUCUAUGCCGACCAGAAGACGCUUGAUGAAGAUGAGGUACUCAACGGAGACAUUUAUGGCAUGAUUGCGCCUUACGCAACUGCUAACUUCUGGUGGUGGCCGUACAAACGCAAGUUCCAUUGGCGCUACUACGAUGAAGUUCCCGAAGGCACAAGCGAGCAGCAAGGCUUCCAGAACACGUUCUCGGUGACGGCGCUCGAGGGCAACACGGCGCGCGUGCUUCUCGACAGCGGCAAGUAUCUGGCAACGUCAAAUAUGCUGGCCGAAGAAAUCUUCUUCGGGCAGUGGGAGAAGCCCAACUUCCGCGAGAAGACGACGUGGACGCCCAUUGAAAAAUGGCCAGUCUACGGCUGGAACUAUGAUGUGCUCAUCGGCGGUCUGUACCCAGAUCAGCGGCCGAACUGGGAGUACGGCUUGCGCGCGUACACGCUGGAGCUGGCGUUCCCGAUUACGCAGGCCAACACUGUGCUCAAGCGCGUCAGGGCGCUAUUCGAUGAAGAGCUGCGCAAGCUCACGGUCAUGACUUCGACGUAUCGCAGCGGCAUCAACAUCAAGUUCGGCAAGCCCUACUUUGACUUCUUGGGCCAGGUGACUUACAACACCUCGGACGGUGCAGACUGGACCAAGGGAGCCAUCAUGUUUGACUUCCCGAGCUACCGACCGAGCAUUGGAGAUAAUCUUCGCUUUAACGAGCCGUUCUACCACAAGCUCGCCAAGACACUCGUCGACGAGUUUCCCUGCCGCCCUCACUGGACCAAGAACACGAGGGAGGUCUUCAAGAACUCGGCAAAAAACAUUGACCCUGAUCACCUGCGCCGAUUCAAGGUUGUCAGGAAGAAGUUUGAUCCCAAUGGGGUCUUUAAGAGCGUCGUCGGCGAGACCCUGGGACUCUAUUAG